AUGGAACUCUCCUUCACCACCCUAGACGUAUUCAGCACCAAACGCUUCGAGGGCAAUCCCCUCGCCGUAGUCUCCAUCCCCGCAGCCCUCAAAUCCAAAAUCUCGCAAUCCACCAAACAGAAGAUCGCCAAAGAGUUCAAUCUCUCCGAGACCGUCUUCCUCCACGAGCCUCUAGAGUCCAACCCAAAUGAACUAUAUAUUGACAUCUUCACCGUAGAAUCAGAACUCCCCUUCGCCGGCCACCCCACCAUCGGCACCGCCGUCCUAGUGAAGCACCAUCUCUACCCGUCUGUGGAAACGUUCGUCGCGAAAUGUGGACCCAUUAGUUUGGCGCCCGGCAAUGGGAACGGGGGAGGAAAGGCGAUAAAGGCGAAGAUUCCGCAUGAUGUGCAUUUGCACCAGAAGACGCUUGCGGAUGUCAUUCCGUUGGAGCAGCGGGAUACGUAUCCGGGGUUGUCGCAUCACAGUCUGGAGAUUCGGGAGGCGGAGCUGAAUGCGCCGGUGUUCAGUAUUGUCAAGGGUAUGACGUUUGUGCUUGUCAAGUUGCUAUCGGUCGAGGUGUUGGGACAGGUUCGGCCAGGUCGGUUGGAUUUCAAUGGCUUGCCAGAAGCAUUUCUUGAUAAGGACUGGGCCGAGUCGUUCGUGGCCCGGUACUACUAUGUUGAGACGCCGUCUUCUGAUGUAAAGGAUGACGGGGCUCGUUUACUACGCACUCGUAUGCUAGAAUUGGGGCCUGAGGACCCGGCUACAGGCAGUGCAGCGAGUAGCUUGGCUGCUUAUUUGACUUUGUCGGAGAAAAGUCCAGCGGGCAAGUAUUUGAUGGUGCAAGGGGUGGAAAUUGGGCGUCGGAGUGUCAUCAAUGUUGAUACGAUGGCAGAGGAUGGAGAGAAUGGGUUCAGGUUGAAGGACCUAUGGCUUGGUGGUGAGGCAGUAGUGGUCAAUAGGGGGUUGAUGGUGCUUGACUAG